ACGAUCGCUUCCUGCCUGUUCUGGUAUUCAGCCGGCAAUUCCACUGGACCUCUAAAUACCUAAGAGUUCUCCUCCAGCUCUACACCACCAGACAUCGGUCAAUCUUCCCAGCAAGACUGUACAAGAUGGCCCGCCUCAUGUACACAGGUGGACUUCUAACCACAAUAGCCAGCCUAGCACUGGCAGCUCCCUCGACCGACGACUGGGCACAGCGAUCGAUCUAUCAAGUCUUGACCGACCGCUUCGCGCGCCCCAAUAACGCACCAGAUACAUCAUGCGAUCCCACCAAAUACUGCGGGGGUACAUGGGCCGGUAUCAUCGACAAAUUGGACUAUAUUCAAGACCUAGGAUUUACAGCAAUCCAGAUCUCUCCAGUCGUCGAGAAUAUCCCCGAGACCACAUCGGCAGGGGAGGCAUGGCAUGGCCACUGGCCGCAAGACCUGUACGCCUUGAAUGCGCACUUUGGGACAGCCGAAGACCUGCGAGCGCUGGCGGAUGAGCUACACCGACGGGACAUGUAUCUGAUGGUGGAAGUGGUGCUCAACAACAUGGCGCAAGCCGUCGACACCGACAACACUACCGUCACCUCCUCAGUGAUCGACUAUUCGCGAUUGCACCCUUUCAACGAAGAGGGCUACUAUCAUCCCUACUGCAACGUCAGCGAGGCAGGCGAUGCAGCCACAAGUCAGAGCUGCUGGCUGUCCAGCGAGCCUGUCGCGCUGCCCGAUCUGAAGACCGAAGACGCGCGCGUCUCGACAAUGCUCCAGACUUGGGUCCAGGAACUCGUGAGCAACUAUUCCAUCGACGGGCUCCGGGUCGCUGCAACAAACCACAUGGACCCCGAAUUCUUGAGUGGCUUUACCCGCGCCGCCGGGGUCUUCACGCUGGGAGAGGCUGACUCGGUCGACGCCACCACGAUGUGCCAGUACGACGAGGCGGUCUCGGGCCUGGUCAACUACGCGGUCUAUAAGCCCAUCACCAUGGCUUUCGCGCCCGCCGGCGACAUGCCUGGGCUGGUGAACAGUCUGCAGACGGCCAUCGAGAAGUGUGACAACUACACCCAUCUGGCGACGUUCGCCGAGAAUCACGAUGUCCCGCGGUUUGUCUCCAUCCAAAAUGAUACCGCACUUGCUCAAAACGCCCUAGCAUUCACUCUCCUCACCGACGGAAUACCCAUGGUCUACCAAGGCCAAGAACACAACCAAGCCACCCCCAACUCCCCCUUCUGGUCCCUGCCAACCGACAAUUCCACAACAACGACCACGAUCCUAACCAAGACCCUCAACCACCUACGCAGCCACGCCCUGCUCAUCGACCAAGGCUACCCAACCAACCACAGCGAGACCCUCUACCUCGACGGAUCCACCUACAUCACCCGGAAGGGCACGGAGGGGAUGCAAAUCGUCUCGGCGUUUUCCAACCGCGGCAGUACCACCGCCACUGGCAACUACCAGGUCAACGUGACGCGGAUGUAUCACCCGGGCACCGAGGUGAUGGAGAUGCUCGGCUGUGAGCGGCACGUCUCGGCGACGGGCGGCGUGAUCCCGGUGGAUUUCGUCGGGGGCGCGCCCAAGGUCUUCUAUCCGGUUAAGUAUCUUAAUGGGUCGGGGCUGUGCGGGUUCUGAAAGUUCUUGGUUUCGUUUUAUACAGACGGAAGAUGGAGAGACUGGGUCCGAUGGAGGGAACAGUGGGCUCAGCUUGGAUGUUUAGUCACAAUGCUGCAGUAACGUCACUUGGAGCUGCCCAUACUUGAUUGAUAUAUAUUGUUUAUCAAAGC